AGUGCGGGACUUUUAUGUGACCGGUGUGGUGAGAAGAAGCCAUGGAGGUCUACCGAAGACCCUCUGGGCUGUUGCUGCUCCUCGGCCUGUCUCUGCUCGCUACUACCUUGCAGGGUGUGCAAGGUGAGUUGGAGUCCGACGGACCAUCAGAGUCCGAAUGUAGGCCAUAUAUUGAAAAAGCACUGAAACAUCAAUUGGAGACAGGCGACAGUAAAGAAGAUAUCCCCACUGCAGAGGUUACAGACGACUCCAAUGAUGGAGAAGACGAGACAAACGAAGAUGGCCAACAAAUCAGAGAAAAUGUCGAAAACGUUUCCGAACCGCAAGCCGAGCCAGAGGUAGGAAUCAGCUUUUUUCAAAGGUUUGCCUUAUUGGCGAGAUUUUUUCAAAGAACUCCAGAUAAAAAAGGAGAAGCAGCAAAUGAACGAGAGAGCCCCGAAGACAAGGGGGACAAUAAUAGUCGAGAGGAUCAGCCUUCUACGGAAGACAAAAAUAAAAGCGAAGAAACCGAAACUCAGCCAUCAAUAGAACAGGAAAAUGUUAGUAAUGAAACAGAUACAAAUAGUGAAGAUGUCAGGGAAGAUAGUAACGAACAGUUUAGCGAAGACAGCGCAGCAGAGAGUAGAGUAAAAAGGGAUGUAGAUAAUGAGGAAGAAAGUACAGGUACCUCUGAUGAAAACAAAGACAGUAAUGAAGAAAACCCAGAAGUUCAUGGACAAGAAGCACAAAGUAGUGAGGUGCAAGAUCAGACCCAUAGUGACACAGAGCAAGUCCAGAGUAUUGAAGAACAAGAUCAAAGUGCCGAAGAUCAAGUACAAAGUGAAGAAGAAACACAGAUCAUAGAAGAACAAGCUCGAAGUGCAGAAGAACAAGCUCAAAGUGCAGAAGAACAAGUACAAAGUGCAGAAGAACAAGCAGAGAGUGCCGAAGAACAAGUACAAAAUGCAGAAGACCAAGCACCAAGCACAGAAGAACAAACACCAAGCAAAGAAGAACAAGCAACAAGCACAGAAGAUCAAAUAGAAACCACUGAAGAACAAGCACAAAGUAUAGAAGAACAAGAACAAAGUAGUGAAGAACAAGCACAAACGGGAGAAGUUCACGAGGAAACUGAAAGUGCAGAACAAGUGGACAGUCUAGACGAACAAGAUAAUCAGGAAAAUAGUUCAUUGGAGAUAGAUCAACCACAAGCUCAAAGUGUUGAGGAGGAAAAUGAAAGUAGAGAGCAAGCCGAAAGUAUUCAGGAACAAGCCGAAAAUAUCCAGGAACAAGCCGAAAGUGUGCAGGAACAAGCCGAAAGUGUAGAAGAAACCCAAGAAAGUGUGAAUUCAAAAGAAACCGAAACCCAUGCAUCGGCUGAUUCAACUGAGGAACAUCAACCACAGACAUCAGCAGAAGAAACGGGACACGGCAGCAGCGACCCACAAGGAGGUACAGAACAAAAUAUCACAAAUGAAAGUGAAGAAACUGUCGGCGAGACAAGAUCUGAUGAAGAUGGUGGAAAUGUUGAAAGCAAUGAAGCUGAAAUUGUUGAAGAUCUUGCGGCACCAGCAGAUGGUACGCCUGGAGAAGAAAGGAAACCAGUUCCUGUUGAGGAUUUAAGUUUAGAUGUAGAAAUACCUAGUGAACUAAGACCCAGAGACCAUGUUGAACAAUUACUGAAAUUGGAUGAAGAAUCUUCCGAAACUGAAAAAUUAAUUAAUAAAGUAUCAGAGAUUACUCUGAAGGCGUUGAAAAAGCUUUAUGAAAAUGCUAUAAAACCACUGGAAACGCUAUAUAAGUACAGGGACCUCAGCAACAGACAUUUUGGUGACGCCGAGAUAUUUUCUAAGCCUUUAAUACUGUUCAUGGGACCUUGGAGCGGUGGCAAAUCAUCUAUCAUCAACUACUUGGCUAACAAUGAGUAUAAUGAAACAUCACUCAGAACAGGGGCUGAACCAUCACCAGCGUAUUUCAACAUUUUGAUGCAUGGGAAUGAACCCGAAAUCAUCGAAGGAACAGAACUAGCUGCAGAUUUCACUUUCUCAGGCCUACAGAAGUUCGGCCAAGGGUUGGAAGAAAGACUUCGAGGUGUCAAACUUCCAUCAAAGCUCUUGGAGAAGGUCAAUAUUGUGGAGAUACCUGGGAUACUAGAAGUGAGAAAGCAAGUAUCAAGAGUGUUUCCAUUCAAUGAUGCCUGCCAAUGGUUCAUCGACAGAGCUGAUAUCAUAUUCUUGGUUUAUGAUCCUUCAAAACUGGACGUCGGACCAGAAACCGAAGCUAUUCUGGAUCAACUCAAAGGAAGAGAACACCAGACUCGAAUUAUUUUGAACAAAGCUGAUCAAGUGAAACCAGAAGAGCUGAUGAGAGUUCAGGGGGCUCUUAUUUGGAACAUUUCGCCACUUAUGUCUUCACCACAACCCCCAGUAAUGUACACGACAUCUCUUUGGUCUAGGCCAUACGAACCUUGGGCGCCAGUCCGGCUACUCCAGGCCCAAGAAAGGGCUUUCUUGAGGGAUCUGAGGAGUGCCAUCGAGAAACGAAUUGAAAAUAAAAUAGCUAGUGCACGAAGAUUUGCGGUGCGUGUACGGAAUCAUGCCAAAAUGGUAGACUGCUACCUGACGACCUACUACAAUCACAAAUCAGUUUUCGGUAAUCGAAAACAAGUUGCUGAUGAGAUAACCGAGCAUCCACAAGACUACCACAUCUACGAAGGUCUUUCUACGUUAACAAACAUUUCCAGAUACGAUCUUCCAGAUCCAGACGUCUAUAGAGACUUCUUCAAAUUGAACCCGCUAUACGAAUUCCAGCAAUUAUCAGCGACGUGUACAUAUUUCAGGGGUUGUCCAAUCAAUAGGUUAGACGUUGCGAUUGCUUAUGAUCUACCAGAGUUGGUGGGUACGCACAAAAGAUUAAUGGAGUCCACCUUGACAGAUGCGACAAGUCAAUCGACUACCACACCAGGAAGUUGAGACUUGAUGAGACGAGCAAGUAUUAACUUUUUGUAGGACGAGUCCUGCGUAAUGGAUUUAUCCCAGGAUGUCAUGGAUUGGACCAGUUAGUUUUCGUUAUAAAGAUGAUUGAUCACCCAAUGUAUUUUGUUUUUAAUCUGUUCGAAGUUUUGGGAUAAAUAUUCUGAAUAUAAGACUUUGGACGCAUCACGCGUCAUUUUCAGUUAGAUUUUCGAAAAGUCGAUCUUUUGUCGUGUGACUUUUCGCAAAAUUACCUCUUCACUAGGACUGAUGUUCUAAGUGUAAAUUGACGACAUUUUCACUGAUGAUUCAUGCUUUCAAUAGUCUCCUGCCACGUGUGUUGAUCGCAUUUAAAGAGUUAUUGCUAUCGGAGUGUUCAAGCAUAUUCAUUUAUCGACUUCAAAAGAGUGGGUUUCACAUAAUUUUGACACCAGAUGUACAAUUCCUUACUAAACAUUGCAUAAAACUGUGAGAAGUUUCAUUGUUGUUAUGUGUAUAUUGUAUGUACAGAUAAUGGAUUAUCAUAGUUGUAUUAUUUAGAUUUUUUUUUCAUUUGAAUUAUUUGUGGAUGAUAUAUGUGAGAAGACACAUUAGGUUAAGUAACUGAAUAAAAUAAAUAUAUUUUCAUUUGUAGCUUGGGUUUAUUUAUCUAUGCAGUCUAAAACACACUCCAUCAAUGAUAAAUCGAUACAAAAAUUACAAGUCACCUCUACUUACCUGAACCUGGGGUUUAUAACUGUAACUCUGUAAAGGAGUAUACAAUACAAACAUUUCAGAGGUUCCCUGGAAAUAUUCGAUUGGAGAAACUCUUAUCAAUGACUUCAAAAUAAAACAAUAUGAUAUUACUUCAUGCAAUGGUAUUGUGAAAAUUUGAGUUUCAAUUAUUUUUCUCAUGGUAUUUUGCUUCUAUAGAGUUGAAAUCUAUAAGGUAUGGUAGGUUUGAAAUGUACGUGGAUAUCUUGUACAUAAUAAAAAACGCUUGGAAUAAUACCGUUAUUUAUUGAUUAUAUGCGAUCUGAAAAAUAUUUCAUCCCGUAACGAAACAAACAAAAAUAAAAGAUCAUAUCUCCUUAUAAAAAUAUGAAACACUAUUUGUAUAAACGUAUAAUAUAUAGAAAUUCAACAAUCAGUCCUUCAAAAUUCUAAUACAAGGCACUUGAUAUUUAGGCAGCGCAGAGUGAACAUUCUUCAAAAUAUUCGAGAGAACAUGCAAAUACUAAUACACUAGCAAGAACAGGAGUGGGUAUUCAUAAAACUGAAGGUAAUAAUUCAGGAAAUGAAUUUAUAAAUACCUCGUACUACCUCCAAUGGCAUAGAAUUUUUAAAAUUGUUCAUGAUUUUAUAACAGACCCACCAAAAGUAUCUAUAUAAUACAAAAAUAAAUUUCUGUUCAAAACCAAAGUGAAAAUACUAAAAGGCAUCAUCAUAUCACCGUUCCUUAACCAAUGCUAGUAGAAUUUUCAGAAACUAUAUACACUCACCGGCAAAAAACCGGCCACCGAAAAUUUUGCCCAAAUUAUUCAGCAUGUAACUUUUUUAAUCAACGUCCGAUUUUUGUGAAAGUUCGAUCAAAUCGUAGAUCCAUGUUCCGGAAUGUUGGCCUAAUUAUUAGUUUUCCUGAGAAACUGAUGACUUGAUCAUUAUACAGAAAAAAACCAAAGUUACUCUUUCACCCUAUAUUUCUCAACGCAUUGUGGAAAAAUUUCGUGGUUGAACUUGGCUUAUUCAUUAUGCUUCGGAUUAAAUUGUGAUCCCUUCUUAACACAAUAGAUUUUGAUUCACGUCAAUAUUUUAUUUUUAAGAGAAGAUACGAGUGUUUUAAGAAAGUAUGGCAUUUUUCAAUUUCCUUGAAUUCUCCUUGAAGGGCGAACCGUAGUUCUUGAAGAGUCUCUGACAAGGCUGGACAAAGGCGAAUGUGCCUCAGGUCACCCCUAAGAUGCUUAAUAGGUUCUUAGUUAUUGUUAUAGAAAAUUAAAAAAAUCUAUAUUUUCUUGGAAACACUUGUAUCCUCUCUCAAAAAGAAGAUAUUGACGUUAAUCAAUAACCAUUGUAUGAAGAAGGGACGAAGGAGGAUCACAAUUCAAUUAAAAAUAUGAUGGAGAAGAUUUGAGAAUUGUUCUGAAUUAUUGUUGAUAAAAAUUUAAAAAAUCCAUACUAUCUUGAAACACUUGUAUCUUCCCUCAAAGAGUGAUUAUCGACGUGAAUCAAAAACCAUCAUGUUGGGAAGGGAUAACACUUCAAAACAUAAUAAGCUAUGUUAAACCACUAACCUUCCCCACAGGGCGUUAUGAGGUUAAGGGUGAAAAAGUAACU